AAACUGCACACUUAAUAGCUAUAUUUUUACUUAGGAACAAGCCUAUGAAUAGCAUUGGCUUUUGUAUUAAAUUAAUUUGUAUUGCCGCAUCAUUUUAUUUGUGGUGUACAGUCACUCUUGUAGUUGUUUUGGUAAAGAGCUAUGCUCUCUCUCCCUCUCUUUGCCCUAAAGACUGUUGAGAAGGAGGGGAGGGGUUUAGACAAAGGCCUUCUUUACCAAAAUGGAGGCUACAGCAGAGCAGCCCUGCUGUCCUUUUUUCAUUUUCUACAUGCUGCAAUUUCUUCUUUAUAAUCCGUUAAAAUAACACAACUCGCACCCGAUGCAGCCUUAGAGCUGUUCCUGGCUGCGCUGAACAAAGAUAAUUACUCAGGAAACGCUCUGGCCAAUCGGAUGCGGUCUUACAUCCCGUCUGUGAGAAAGGGGCCAGUCAGGGCCCGGCUACUAUCACACAGGCCUGAUCGCCUUGCAUGAACAGCGGAGCCUUCCCCGGCUGAGGGCUGAGGGUGUCCUCCAUGUUUUAUAAGUGUUGACAUAACAGUGUGUCAGGCAGCCAUGCAUCCACAGAGUCUGGCUGAGGAGGAGGUAAAGACGGAGGCAGAUGUUGUAGAGGGGAUGGACGCGUCCGUGCGAACCAAAGUGUCUGACCCAGGGUCAGCAGAGCGGCCGCCAGUGACUCAGAAGAGGAAGGUGCCUAGCCCCACCCACUCCUCCAACGGCCACUCUCCCUCAGAUACCUCCCCCAGCCCCCUGAAGAAGAAGAAAAAACCAGGAGCCGUCUAUAGCAACAACAAAGACCAGUCAGAGCUAAGACAUGGUCCCUUUUACUAUGUGAAGCAGCCAUCACUCACCACAGACCCUGUUGAUGUUGUACCGCAGGACAGCAGGAAUGACUUCUACUGCUGGCUGUGCCACCGCGAGGGCCAGGUGCUCUGCUGUGAGCUCUGCCCGAGGGUGUACCACGCCAAGUGCCUCAAACUGCCCGCAGAGCCCGAGGGGGACUGGUUCUGUCCCGAGUGUGAGAAAAUUACAGUAGCAGAGUGCAUAGAGACGCAGAGCAAAGCCAUGACAAUGCUGACCAUAGAUCAGCUGUCUUACCUGCUCAAAUUUGCCCUCCAGAAGAUGAAGCAGCCAGGGACUGAGCCCUUCUGGAAGCCUGUGUCUCUGGAACAGCACCCUGACUACGCAGAGUACAUCUUCCACCCCAUGGAUCUCGCAACACUGGAGAAGAAUAUGAAAAAGAAAAUGUACGGCUGCACGGAAGCCUUCUUGGCGGAUAUGAAAUGGAUCUUGCACAACUGCAUCAUCUACAAUGGAGCUAAUCACAAACUAACAGCAACAGCAAAGGUCGUUGUGAAGAUCUGUGAACAUGAAAUGAAUGAAAUCGAGGUUUGUCCUGAGUGCUAUCUAUCGUCGUGCCAAAAGAGGGACAACUGGUUCUGCGAGCCGUGUGGCCACCCACACCCACUGGUGUGGGCCAAGCUGAAGGGCUUCCCCUUCUGGCCAGCCAAAGCACUGCGGGAGAAAGACGGACAAGUAGAUGCACGCUUCUUCGGACAGCAUGACAGGGCAUGGGUUCCUAUUAAUAACUGCUACCUAAUGUCCAAGGAGAUUCCUUUCUCUGUCAAGAAGACUAAGAGCAUCUUCAACAGUGCCAUGCAGGAGAUGGAGGUCUACGUGGAGAACAUCCGCAAGAAGUUUGGGGUGUUCAACUACGCCCCCUUUCGCACCCCAUUCACGCCAAACAACCAGCUCCAGAUGCUGUUGGAUCCGGCCAACCCCAGCGCGGGGGCUGUGAAGUCAGAGAAACCCGACAAGAUGCGCUUCAACUUUGACAUGACUGCAUCUCCCAAGAUGCUCCUGGGCAAGAGCUCCCUGUCGAGCGGGAUAGGGCGGAGGAUUUCUGUGACGGACAUGCCUCGGUCUCCCAUGAGCACCAACUCCUCGGUGCACACAGGGUCUGAUGUGGAGCAGGACGGGAUGGAGAGAGGGCCCAGGAACCCCCCGUUCCAGUACAGCGCUGGGGAGGAGUCCAUGGACUACACCGAGUCCCCUGUCUCCGUGAAGAUGGGCCAUGCAGGCAGCGUGACGGGGAGCCCCAAACCCUUCACCCCCACUCUGGUGCCCAAACAGGAGAGGGCCCCUGGUACUGGCAGCAUCCUCAACCUCAACCUGGAUCGUGUGAAGGCUGAGAUGGACCUGAAGGAGCUCAGCGAGUCGGUACAGCAGCAACAGCUGCAACAACAGCAGCAGGGAUCAUCCCUUCUCAACACACCCAAGAGACCCAUCAGGAGCCUGGACAAGACCAUUGAGAGUUGCAAGGCCCAGCUAGGCAUUGACGAGAUCUCGGAAGACGUGUAUAAGGGCGUGGAACAUAGCGACUCAGAGGAUUCCGAAAAAUCUGACUCCAGCGACAGCGAGUACCUCAGUGACGAGGAGCACAGACCAAAGAGCGUCGCCAAUGACGAUAAGGACAAAGCGGAGAGGGAGUCCAAAAAGAGGCCCAAGGUGAGUGCCCAAGGAGACGAUAAGGAGGCCGUAACAGGCCCCAGGGAGAAAAAAGCUUCUGAAGCCCUGCUAAAGGACAGACAAGGCAGCGUUGCUCCAGAGAGAGACUCCCAAGAGAAGCCCAGGACCCCCCAGACUCAGCCCCCAACAGACAGACCCAAGGCCCCAGAGGAGGGAAGGGCCAGCGCACCCCGAGCUCCGGCUGGCCCUGACCAGGACUCUGACUCGGAGAGGGAGCUGGUGAUUGACCUGGGUGAUGAGCAGGGGAGUCGUGACCGUAAGAGGGCCAGGAGGGAGCCAGGAGCUUCAGCCGCUAAAGCUACAAAGGAGCCCAUUAGCACCAAGCUGGAAGGCAAGUUCUCUUCUGUGGUGGCCCCUUCUCCAGGUUCAGCCACGUCAUCCAACCUCAAAGAGCCCAGUGUUCCCAUCAUCAACCCCCCACUAAACCAGUCCUCCGGCACGGGCUGCAGCCAGCCCAGCUCGGCCCUCACCACUGCCGCCCCUUCUCCGGCCCCCGCCUCCACCCCCACCCUCUCCUCCUCGGCUGCCUCGGCCCAGUCGGCAGUGAAGAAACAGCGCCCCCUGCUGCCAAAAGAGACUGCUCAGGCAGUGCAGCGCGCUGUGGUGUGGAACCCGGCCAACAAGUUCCAGACGUCGUCCCAGAAGUGGCACAUGCAGAAGGUUCAGCGGCAGCAGCAGGAAGAGCAGCCGGCCACGCCUGCCCAAACACCAGUACCGGUUCCGGUCCAGGCUCCAACGCAGGCACAGACACGAAGCCCACAGCAGCUCCAGUCACAGCAGCAUUCGCAGGCGUCCUCCAGUACACGCUACCAGACCAGACAGGCAGCAAAAGCUGUGCAGCAGAAAGACGGCCCUCAGACCUCCACGUCAUCAGUCACCCUGGUCACCACUUCCUCGUCUUCAUCCUCCUACCUGGCAGGAGACUUGCAGAUCCCCACAGCUUCAGCCGACGUGGCAGCUGACAUCGCAAAGUACACCAACAAAAUGAUGGACACCAUCAAAGGGACAAUGACCGAGAUCUACAAUGACCUUUCUAAAAGCACUUCAGGAAACACAAUUGCUGAGAUCCGGCGGCUGAGAAUAGAGAUCGAAAAGCUUCAGUGGCUACAUCAGCAAGAGCUGUCGGAGAUGAAGCACAAUCUUGAACUGACUAUGGCGGAGAUGAGACAAAGUUUGGAGCAGGAGAGGGAGCGACUGGUGGCUGAGGUAAAGAAGCAGAUGGAGGUGGAGAAACAGCAGGCAGUAGAUGAGACCAAGAAGAAGCAGUGGUGUGCCAACUGCAGGAAGGAAGCCAUCUUCUACUGCUGCUGGAACACCAGCUACUGUGACUACCCCUGCCAGCAGGCCCACUGGCCAGAACACAUGAAGUCUUGCACACAGUCAGCAACAGCUUCUCAGCAGGAACCAGAGGCAGAGUCUACCUCAGAUCCUUCAGCCAAACCCCCAGGUCACUCCUCCAGUGCUCAGCCCCUCUCUGGGUCAGGACCUGCCCCAACAGACAAAGGCCCUUCUCCUACCUGCAGUGUGGACAAGAGCAAGGACAGUGGCAGUGUUACUGUGUCCUAACCACUACACUGCACAACCAUUUUUACUCUACAAUCAUGCAGUCUGUAAAAUGUGUCAGUUGCAAAGGGACUAGUGGCUUUGUCAAAUAGACCAAGCCUUUUUUGCCACCCAACUCAUCUGGAAAUGUCUUGCAAAUCUCAUUAUGAAAGGGGCAUUAAAGAAAAACACCAGACACCCAUACCCUUUCCUAGCCUGGGUUAAGGCUUUAAAAUGUAUGACAGACAGCUCCUUUGUGAUUCAGCUGACCUGUCUCUGGUUUUGUUUGUCCACUAUGUGAUCUGAUGUUUCAAGCCAUUCUUCAUCCUCCUCAGAAAGUCUGUUAGAUGGGAGGAUCCAUUUACAUUUUCCCUGUGACUGUUAAUCUGGAUGAAAUAUCUGUAUACAUUUUUGUUCCCAUUUUCUCCUUUCAUCCUUUCUGUAUUCCUCUUUCACUCUACCCAAAUGCUACAGGUAUCGACAGGUCCAUCAAAAUACCAGACAUCAUUUUUUUAUAUAUUCUGACAACAAUCUUAAACUUGAAACCUGUGAUGCUGCUUGUUAAAAUAUACCACACAUCUUCAUAGUUACUUGCCACCAGAUGUCAAACAUCAUAUUCUAGUGCCAGACAUUUUGUGGACAUCCAAUUAUCUAAAAUGUCAAUGAUUCUUCAUUCUAAAAUGUAAAUGAUUCUACAAUGCAAAUUUAAAAGGUUUUUGUCAGAGGUUGAGAGGAUGUAUUUGAAAAUGUGUGACCAGUAUACACAGACACCAUUUCAUUCAAGGGAUAGCAUUACUCCCCAUGGGUGUACGUUAUUGGUUCAUACUUAUUGUCUAUCAUAGGUAUUCAGUGUAUACAUAGAAUUUAACGAACUGUGAUGUAUUAAAACUAUAAAAAGGUUAACUGUACAAAGUUUUUGUAAGAAGACACAUGGACAAUAUUUAUAGUGCUAUGAAAAGCAUAUGAGAUUCUCUUUUUAUUGUACGGUUUGUAAAUGAAAAUCACUUUUACAAAUGUCUUGAAACAGCUGUCUCUGGAAAUCGGUUUUAUUUGAAAAUGCAUUGUAAGACUUUAUAUGAAUGUCACCUGGACCUUCUGCUCAGACUCACUGAACUAUUUGUCUCAUCAACCUUCAUUGUGGUUAUUCAAUGACAAUGGAAGUCUACUCCAAAAUUGCUUAGGAAUAUGAUAAUGUUGGAGGAUCAAGGAAACAGCAAAAGUGACUGUAUAUUACUUCUGAGCAUGUUUAUUUCCCCUUUUUUUGUAUCACAUGUUCUUGUUUACAUAUUGUACAUACAGUAAAUGGAUUGUUAAUGUCUUUAAGAAAAAUAAAACAAGUCUGACCAAUA